CCGCAUUCUUUGCACACAUGAAGAGAAAGUGAAAGGUAGGCUAAACUCUUCUUAGAAGGAAUGCCAUGUUUUUUACACGAAGGGAGCUUUUUAAACCACCAGGAACUUAAACUACUUACAAGUACACUGGUACUAGCACACUUGCUCCGACAGAAACAAAACUGAUCCGAAGGGGCAGCGAGUUGAGAGCUCGGGGGUUUCCGUGAAGAUUUCCGCGUAGCGUUCCGCUUCGGAAAACUUCGCGUUCCUUCGGCUCCGUGUUCGGCUGUUUCCGUAACAGCCGCCGUUGUCAAGGGUAACAACGCUCAGCAUCUCGUUGAGUCGGGCUUGAGGCCCGCCAGGCCUCUCUCUCUUGGGCGGAGGUGGAGCUGUGAGCCGCUCUUUAUCAUGGCUGUGUAUGUUGAUCAUCGUAUAGAAGCUCUCGAGUCCCGCGGACGCCAUUCUCACAUAGCUUGGCACCCUCAGCAGCCAUUUUUGGCUGUCGCAUCUAUUAAUUUAAACUCUGGUGGCAGUGUGGAUAUUUUUCUAGAACAGGGAGAGUAUGUGUGUGAUGCACACUUGGAAAGAAGCUUCCAGGCCACAUGCCUCAGUUGGCAUCCAACCAAACUGAUACUGGCAGUGGGCUGUGAGAUGGGGGACGUGGUGGUGGUGAACAAGCAGGACAAGGAACAUCAUGCGGUACCCUCCAACCAUAAUGCUGAUAUUACAAUUCUAAACUGGAGUACUAAUGGCACCCGACUAGUUUCUGGUGACAAACUUGGUGUCCUUGUGUUAUGGAGGAUGGACCAGCGUGGUAGAGUUCAGGGCCCCCCUCUGCUUAAGCAUGAAUAUGGAAAGCAUCUCAAUUACUGCAUCUUCCGACCACCCCCUCCUGGAGAGGACUUGGUACAGCUAGCAAAAGCUGCAGUGAGUGGAGAUGAGAAGGCCCUGGACAUGUUUAACUGGAGAAAAUCUGGGAUGGGAAUGCCUCUGAAAAUGGGACCGCAAGAAGGGCUGUCCUUCUUCAUCAGUGUGACAGAUGGAACUGUGCAUUAUGUGAACGAGAGGGGGAAAACGAGCCAGGCAUUGAUCACAGAGAGUUCAGUCCAAAAGCUGCUUUUCAUGGAAAAAGAUAUAUUGGUAGUAAUAACAGAGACUCUCCUCUUAUCACUUCACAAAAUUUCUCUUGAAGGAGAAGCAGAGGAGGUCUUGAAGGUGAAGCUGAGUGGAAGAAUGGAUCAUCCCGCUGAUAUCAUUUUGAUUGACCGUAGCCUUCUUAUAGCAGCAACAGGUGAAACAGUUCUUAGGUUCUGGGACUUGGAGAAAGGUGAGAACUAUGUACUGGAUCUGGAUGAGCAGCUUGGGUUUGAAAUAGGAGAGUGCCUCAACUGUGUUUCCUUUUGCAAUGCUAAAGGUCUCCUAUCAGCUGGCACCGACAGAGGGAAGAUAGCUAUGUGGAGGAAAGUGGCAUCCCCUUGCUCACAGGAAGCCAAGGACAGCUGGAAGCUUCAAGCACCUACUGAGCUUGAGGGGAAUAUAAUUCAAAUACAGUGGGGAUCCAAAAAAAAUUUGUUGGCUGUGAACACAGGCAGCUCUGUAGCAAUCCUUAAUGAACAGGCAAUGUUGUCACACUUUCACCAGCAAGUGGCAGUGGUGCAAAUUUCACCAAACCUAUUCAAUAUUACCUCCUUCAGCACAGGAAUGACUGACAACCUUCGCAUCGACAUGCACGUGAAUGGAGUGUGUUGCACUAAGGAUGCUGUAGCAUUCUGGAAUGGAAAGCAAGUUGCUAUAUUCGAACUCUCAGCUGCCACUGCACGAAAUUCAGGUUCUUUCCCUUGUGAUUCCCCCGUGCUGGCUAUGCAUGAAGAAAAUCUUUACACAGUUGAGCCAAAUCGUGUUCAAGUUCGCACCUGGCAGGGCACUGUAAAGCAGCUGCUGGUGUUCCCUGAAUCUGAAGGGAAUCCAUGCCUCCUGAAUGUCUGUGGAAAUUUCUUGACUGUGGGAACAGACCUGGCUCACUUUAAAAUCUUUGAUCUUUCUCGCAGGGAGGCAAAAGUACACUCGAGUAGCAAGGCCCUGGGUGAUCUGGUUCCAGGCGCUAGUGGGAUUGCAUCUGUAAAGUGUAACGCAAGUGGCAACAAAGUUAGCAUCCUCAUCAACAAGGCUGAUGGGAGUCUUGACUCCAAGAUCUGUUUCUAUGACAUUGAAAUGGACACAGUCACGCUGUUUGAUUUCCAAUCUGGGCAACAGAAGGAUGCCAGGGAGAUGAUCUCCAUUGGACAGGAGGCUGAAGGGAGAAACACCUCUCAAUAUCCAGAGCUGAGUGAUCGUAUUCCUACUAGUCACUUUUGGGAUCAAAGCGAACCAAGGCUUUUUGUGUGUGAAACAGAUCUGAACCCAAGUCAGCAGUCCCUGGACAAGAAUCAGCAAUCAGAAGAAAACUCAGUGGAUGCUUUGAUCAUAUCCUUCUUCAGUACUGAAGAGCAUGGGCUUUUGCUCCAUGAUCGCUUUCCAUUGCCAUCAGCCUACCGGUCUCUUUUGGGCAUGGAGGUGCCGUAUUAUUAUUUUGCCAAAAAGCCUGAAGCUGAUAAAGAUGAGGCAGAGCCUAGUGGGGUAACACUCUAUCAAAUGGUAGCAAGAAGGCCAUUGCGAGACUUCAUUGGGUUGGAAGAGUGUGACAAGGCCACAUGUGAUGCUAUGCUUAACUUCAGCUUCUAUCUCACCAUUGGGGAUAUGGACGAGGCCUUCAAAUCCAUCAAGCUUAUCAAAAGUGAAUCCGUCUGGGAGAACAUGGCCCGCAUGUGUGUGAAGACACAAAGGCUGGAUGUCGCCAAAGUUUGCCUGGGGAAUAUGGGCCACGCUAGAGGAGCCAAGGCACUGCGGGAGGCUGAGCAAGAGCCAGAGCUGGAAGCCAGGGUAGCCAUGUUGGCAAUUCAGCUGGGUAUGCUGGAAGAUGCUGAGCAACUGUAUAAGCAGUGCAAGCGCUAUGACCUUUUGAACAAGUUCUACCAGGCCUCAGAUCAGUGGGACAAAGCCAUAGAAGUAGCCGAGGUUCACGACCGCGUCCACCUGCGCACCACCUACUACAGUUAUGCAAAGCACCUGGAAGCCAUAGCUGAGCGCAAUCUUGCACUGACCUACUAUGAGAAGUCAGAGACGCACAAGUUUGAGGUUCCCCGAAUGCUUUCAGAAGAUCUACAGGCCUUGGAGUCUUACGUCAACAAGAUGAAAGACAAGGGCUUGUGGAAGUGGUGGGCCCAGUACUUGGAAGGUCAGGCAGACAUGGAUGCGGCGUUAAAAUACUACGAACUGGCUCAGGAUUAUUUUUCCAUGGUCCGUAUUCAUUGUUUCCUGGGUAACACCCAGAAGGCAGCGGAAAUAGCAAAUGCAACAGGGAACUGGGCAGCUUCAUAUCACGUCGCCCGUCAUUAUGAGAGCAAUGAUGACAUCAGCCAGGCUGUGCACUUCUACACCAGAGCACAAGCAUUUAACAACGCUAUUCGGUUGUGCAAGGAGAACAAUCUGGAUGACCAGCUGAUGAACCUGGCUCUCCUCAGCUCACCAGAAGACAUGAUAGAAGCAGCCCGCUAUUACGAAGGGAAGGGGGAACAAAUGGACAGGGCAGUGAUGCUGUAUCACAAGGCAGGGCACUUGUCCAAGGCUCUGGAGCUGGCCUUUGCCACAGAGCAGUUUGGAGCCCUGCAGCUCAUUGCUGACGAUUUGGACGAGAAGUCGGACCCAGCCCUGCUGGCUCGUUGCUCUGACUUCUUCAUUGAACAUGCCCAGUAUGAGAAGGCCGUUGAACUCUUGCUAGCUGCCAAAAAGUACCAUGAUGCUCUCCAGCUUUGUCUGACACAGAAUCUGACCAUCACUGAGGAGAUGGCUGAGAAGAUGACCAUUUCAAAGGACUCCAAGGAGGUCCCAGAGGACUUGCGACGGGAACUUCUAGAGCAAAUUGCCGAUUGCUGCAUGCGGCAGGGCAAUUACCACAUGGCCACUAAGAAGUACACACAGUCGGGGAACAAACUGAAGGCAAUGAGAGCCCUGCUCAAAUCGGGAGACACAGAGAAGAUUGUGUUUUUUGCUGGUGUCUCCAGACAGAGAGAGAUUUACAUCAUGGCUGCCAACUAUCUCCAGUCCCUGGACUGGCGCAAGGACCCAGAGAUUAUGAAGAACAUCAUCAGCUUUUACACCAAAGGGAGGGCUCUUGACCUCUUAGCUGGUUUCUACGAUGCUUGUGCUCAGGUAGAGGUGGAUGAGUACCAGAACUAUGAGAAGGCACUGGGAGCCCUAACCGAGGCAUACAAGUGCUUGUCAAAGGCAAAGACACGCAGCCCCGUUGAGCAGGAGAGCAAACUUGCACUUCUCCACAGCAAGAUGGCCCUGGUGAAGAGAUUCAUUCAGGCCCGGAGGCUUUAUUCAGAGGACCCCAAGGAGGCAGCAAGGCAGUGUGAGCUACUCCUGGGUGAGCCAGACAUUGACAGUGCCAUCCGCCUGGGAGAUGUUCUCAGCUUCCUGAUAGAACACCACCUACAGGUCCAAGAAUUCCAGAUGGCUUACCGGUACCUAGAAGAGUUGCGGAAAAAGAUUCCCUGCGUAAACCUCAAUUACUAUGUGAGCCAACAGACUGUGGAGGCAGUCCACAGGGGACUGGGCAUUCCUCUGAGCCGAAGCACUGCCCCAGAGAGGGUUCGCCACAACAGCAUGGAGGAGAAAGGGGUGGAAGACGAAGUGGCUGAUGAAGCAGAGGCUUCCUAA